AGUUCAAAGAUAUCGAUCCCAUCAUUUAAAUAUAAUCUUGGAUAGUGCGUGCUAAUUUCAUGUAAUUCAUUUGCCUUUUUUUGUUUUUUCCCCCAGCAUAUGAAGCCUUUGAAGCUAUCGAUCGAGUCUUCUGCUCCAAUCUUGACACUGGUGGACUACAAUAAAAUAUUUCAUAAGCUGGAUGAGAUUUAUACCAUUCACAAUGUGUUUUAUAAUGACCUCGAGUCUCGAGUCUCACACUGGAAUGACCGGCAUCUUAUUGGGGAUUUGUUUUUGAGUUUGGUGAGUAAAUGUAUGUAGGAUUCAUUUGUUGGUGUUUAACUUCAGAGCAGGCUUAUACUGUAGGUUCUCAAGCACUCAAAGUUCCAAGCUCAACUUAUUUCAAAGUAGACUUUUGGCAACCUUAAGUGAAAGAUUGAUCACCAGGGAUGAAAUAUUGGUUGCCAGAAAAGAAAGACACUCUGCCAUAUUACUUGAAGAGUUAAACAGAAAUAAUCAAAAUGCCUGGCCAACUAUCGCAACUGGACUUUGAGGUCCACGCAGUAUCUCAAGAUGUAAUAACCAGACAGCCAGGGUGAAAGAAGUGAAUUACAAACAUACAAGUCGUCAGACUGUUGAAACCUUCACUACAAUUUUUGUCGCCAAAAUUUUGCUUAAUCGCCAUGACAACUAAAACAGUCAUGGUGUACCACACUCUCCUCUCUUUUGGCGACAAUAAUACUGUACUCACUUUAAGAUUAAUAUGCCUGCAGUGCAGACUAGUUGGUGUUUAAAGCCAUUUCAUGUUAAGAAGGAAACGCGAUAAGUCUUUUUUGUAUUUGUGUUUUUUCCUCUUCCCAUAAUGUCACAAAUUCCAUUCUCUUUUUUUCCUCUCCCCUGUCCCAAGUCUCACUUCCUUCUGUUUACCUUCCCUGUCCCUCUUUACUUCCACCAUCCCUGCCUGCUGGGGAUAAGGGUUCCUUUGCUCCUCCAAACCCUCAUGAAAUUCCAUUUAUUUAUUAGAUUCUUCCUUUCUUUUCAAAAGUUUGCUUUGGAAAUACCCCUUCCCCUUGGAAUUUCUAAUGUCAUCAUGUGAGGUUAUGGUGAGAGUAUUGUAACAAAUGUAUCCUGUUAUACCAAAAGUUGCCCUGUUGUUAUUAUUGUCUCUGUCAAAGAAAUGUUUCAAUGUUGCCCAUUAAAAUUAUUAUAAUAUUAUUAUUAUUUAUGCAGGUGGAUCAGUUUGAUGUCUAUAGAGAAUAUAUUUUAAACUACAAAAUUGCUCUGUCAACCAUACGUAAAUGCAAAGCCAGCAAUGAACAGUUUAAUAACAUUUUUUCCAAGGUAUGUGAGCAUGUUUGCAUUUGACCAUUGCUGACCAGCUGAUAUUGGCUAUAUUUAAGCAGCAAUAUUAACCAACAUAAAAAAAUAUAUAUAUCUUUCUUUCACUUUCAGGAACUCAGUGUUCGUUCCAUUCAAGAAGUCACAACUUUAGAAGGUGGGUUUAGGAAGGGAUGGGGAGCAGUGAAGGGGUUGCUGAUUAUUAUUUGAGUUAAGUCCAGUGUCUUUUAAAAUAGAUUUCUUUUUAUGAUGCACUGUGCAGUCACUUCUCUUUUGGUUCUGUGAUUUUAAAGCAAUUAAGUCAACACAAAGAAAACUCAAGUUUCUGCCUUCUACUCCUUCAAACAGCCUUGAUCUCACUGUACAUCACUUCUGUCCUCUAAAGUUAGUCUCAGUGUAGAAUGAAAUACUCAAUGAUGUGUGACAUCUUUGCUUUCAUGAUUACAUUUCAGGCCUUUUUAGUAAGCCAGUUGAAAGAGUUGGUAGAUAUAUUGUUGCUCUAGGGGUGAGUUGUUUAAUAAUCUUAUUAUGCCACCUUCCUGUUGGGUUUAGUCCAGGUUAGGACAUAAAAUUUAGUGGCCAUGAAUAUUUCAAACAUAACUGCUUAAAAAACAGAAAUGAAACAUUAUGCAGCAUGCAAAGGACGAAGUGUCUGAUAGCCUGGGGCUAGUGAUGCUAGCUUCAGCUUGCCUGAGUGGCAAGCCUGUAAAAAUGAUUUUCUUUGCACCCUGUUAUGCCUUAAGUUUUCAUUUAACUCACUACAGGAUUUGAUCAAGCAAACCCCUGAGGAUCAUGCCGAUUAUGAGGUGCUCACAAAUGUUCUGAAUACAACCAAAGACUUCCUCGCAAAGAUCACUGGGGAUGACAGAGACAGUGGCGUGAGUAAUAUGUUAGGGUCUACUAAUAUUGCUGAAGUUGCAAAGCAGUCAGAAACCUCUAUUUUCAUAGUCCGUUGAAAACACACCUCCUAGUGGCUUUAGGGAUAGGAAUAUUGUUUUGGUCAUUCAUCUGUUGAACAUUUGUUCGUUUGAAGGACAAGCCAUGAAGGAAAGUUUUAUUCAUCAUCUUUUUUGUGCAAUAAGUUUAAAUGGAACACAAUCCCACACAAUCAUAAUCCGCAGUUUACUACUACUGUAGCUAAAAAAGAGGUAAAAGCUGUUUUAGAGAGGCCCUGAGGUUAAUUUAUCUUUAUCCAGGUCAUACAAAGAGCGAAGAAAGAUCACAGGCUUAUUAAAGAUGCUUUUAUUGUUGAACUUGCAGGUAAUUGUUGACAUGUACUUGUAAAAACUGCCUGUAGAAAGUAUUGACCGUUUAACACCCCUGAAGUGGCAAAAAUCAGAAUUAGACUAAAAGACUAAAUUUCAUUCUGAAAAUGCUAUUAAAAAAAGAUAAUGUUACUAUGUAUGAGUACUACCAAAGAAGUUUCAUUUGAAUGGUCACACUGCAAUACUUAGUCCACAGACUCGAAAGUCAGAAACACCUUACAAGUCUUCGUUAUUCACUCUUAAGUAUCGUUGAUAUUGUGGAAUUUUGUAUGAAAAGUGUAGUUUUCUAUUAUUAAGCCUCGCAUAAUGUUUACUUGCAGAUGGAGUUCGGAAAUUUAGACAUUUGUUCUUAUUCAAUGACUACAUCAUUUCUACCAAGAGAAAAAUUACUGCCAGGUUUGUGUUAGUUGAUUUUGUGGUAAGCUUAAAUUAAUAAUGCAAUAAAAUGUAAUUUGUUCUUUAUAGGGUUGUUUUUAGUUAUAUGACUGUCUUUGUUAGCCUUUGUGGGCUUAUGUUAAACAAUUAAAAAUUUGUUAUUUUUUAUCUUUUUGUAUUAAGGAAAGUCAUUUUGUAUAAGGUCACUUUUGACGUAACUUUUAUUGUUUUGUUUUUAGGAGUGAACAGUAUGUUUGCAAGUGGUAUAUUCCUUUACACGAGUUGCAGUUUCAUCCAACAGAAAUCUCAGAAGGUUAGUUUAGUUCUGUCUUUUCCGCCCUUAAUGUUGAUAUGUGUAAAGCAGGUAAAUUGAUAUCUGGGCUGGCCUUAUAUAUUAGAAGCGGAGCUUUCGCUCAAGAACUGAUAGAGAGGUAAAAACAUCCGAGUCAACAUACACCACAAAAUGGACUGCAACGUGCUUGGUGCUAAGAAAAAUAAAAGCUGAACAGUUAGUCGACAUUUUGUUUUGUUUUGCCACUAACGGGACUUAACGUGCGUAAGGUUCUGUGCAUUGAACCGAAAUGUAGAGCGCUGUGUAGCGAAAUUGUGUCGUUUUGUACACGGUGCUCGACUUUCUUUGUAAUUUGUACUUUGCGUUCAAUUCAACACUAACCAAUUCUUGUAGCUACAGUGUAAAUAAAACAUUAACUCGAAGUCAACUUCUGCUGUUCGACUAGAUAAACAACAAAACAACUUCUGACAACUUUCCUUUUUCUCGCUUGUUAACUUUGUCAUGCGGUGAGCUUUCUUGCAAAUUUUUCUCGUUCUUCGCCUUUUUUCAACAAUUUAACUCUGAAAACUACACUAUUUUAAUGUUAGAAAAAGUAAAAUAAGUAGUUGAAAGCAAUACUCACGUUUUUGCGUCUGUUUUUUCACGUGAAGAGUACCUCCUUCACAUUUAAAACAGCUACAAGUGAUAAACUUCCUCCAGAAUGCCCAUUUGUUUUUUAUCUAGGCACGGGCUGCACGUGCUGCACGUUUCAUUCAGCAACUUCUCGGCAGUUUGCAUAAUUAGCGCGCAUGCAAACGACUUUGGCAUAAGAGUGUUUUAGGCCUUUUUUUAACGCAAAUUGUCGAGAAGUUGCUGAAUACCACAUACGUUUCGCUCGUGCCAAGAAAGCAAAAAAAUGAAGUUUUUGACUGAAUAUGAGGCUAAACCUACAAGUGAAAGAAUAUUAUGGUAUUGUAAGGAAAGGCCUUGGUUUAAGUAGCAGGAAAAAUGAUGCUUUUUUUGCCAUUUUCUUUUUUGCUUUAAUUUUUUUAGCACCACAAGUCAUUCCGGUCACCAGUAAAGCUGAUUUUGAUAUGCUUAAGAGCAGAAUGGCGAGCACAAAAGCCGAAAUACGACGAGAAGGAGGAGGAAUGAGCACUAGUCAGAGUCCAGACUCUUCUCCCUCAUCCAAGGUAUGUCUCCCCUUCCCUUUCCCCCACCUCCUUCCACCCAUUUUGCCCCAAACAGGGUCAUUUCCUUUCAUUUGUCAUCUCAAGUCUGAAACCUCUUUGUUUAAGAUUGAUAGACUUCUCAUGGAUUGAACAUCUUUUAUCUUCACAGCGUCGCCGUAUGCAGUCUGCCUCCAAAGUAGUAGAAAAGAUGAAGAAGCGGUUAGCUGAGCAGGUAACUUGACUAAAACGAUUUACUUGAGUGAAAGUGUUAACUUUUAUGAGGCCGUAAAAUUCCCGCUUGAACAGGGAAUUGGUUACUUUUUUUUAUUCAAAUCGCUUUUCUAGAAAGUAGUUUACCACUUACUAGCUGACAGGAGCCCUUUCACGGGAGUGUUAUUUUAACUUUGUUUAAGUUCGUUCUGAGCAAGAAACCUUCACUCUCCUACACAAACUGCUGCGACAACACAAGGAGAUAGUUUGUGGUAAACUUCUCGAAAGAAAGCUAAAGAGUACGCUGGCGAAGUUUCCGACGCAAUGUCAGAUCUUACAGAAGGUGGCCAAACUCUCUUUCAGUUACAGUUUGGUCACAGAAAACUGUAAAUGGUUAAGCGCUUGAAUUAAAACUGGAACCCUUAUGGGUGGGAGAUUGUUCUCGCGGGGCCGUGAGCGUUCGAGAUUUUUAGUCUGGAUGAAAUCGUGUUCGAUUGACUUUUCUCUGAAAUGAGAAUGACUGGAAUUGACCGAAAACGUUAUAUAUUUAAGAAGAAUUUGUAUUGCACACUAUCAAUGAAAUGUACCUUCCAGUGUGACCACUAAAAUGAACGUUACUGGGCUGUACUUUUAAAGGGAUAUUUUUCUGUCUUAAGUAUUUAGUAAAUAAUGUGUGUGUACUUUUCUUUUAUUCCUUAGGAAGCUGCCCUUUUGCUAGCCAUUCCAAGCCUGCCUCUUACACUGUACCACAAGCAGGGCAAGGUAUGUUGAAACUCGUUUAUAACCGGUCUUUUCCUAUCAUUACUUAAAGGGAACCUCCACUCUUACUACAGAAUAAGUUUAAAUCGAAUAAAAUUAUGUUGAUAAACAAAUUUGUUCGAAAUUUGUCUUAAAAAAAGUGUUUAUAUCAGGAAAAGUGAAUUUUAAAAUCGCGUAUUUUCACUUUCAAAUUUCGCGGGCGCCGCCAUCUUGAAUAAUUGUGACGUGUUACGGUUGCUCUAUUGUUCUGACACAAAGAGCUUUUGUUUAAUAACAAUAGGGCACGUCACAAUUAUUCAAGAUGGCGACGCCCGCAAAAUUUGAAAACAAAAAUAGGCGAAUCUAAAAGUUAUUUCUUUCGGAUACAAACGCUUUCUUUAAAAAUAUUUUAGAUUGACUUGACUGUAACAGUUAUUUCCUGUGAUUUAAAGUUAUCUUUUCGUUGAAGUGGAGGUUCCCUUUAACAUGUUAACCCUUUUACUUCCAGAAGCAGCCAAAGUUAAAUUUACCCCAAAAUUUGAAAUUUCAUCUUGUAAAGUGCUGAAAAAAAUAGUACUACCUGAAAGUAAUGCCAAAAAGGUUUCAUUUGAGUGGUCGCACCAUAGGGCAAGUUUCGUCCGCAGACUCGAAAAUGAGAAUCGCCGUACCACAGUCCGUCGUUCACCGACUCUGAUAGUGAAUGAUGGAAAUUUCCAUUGAAAAAUUUCCCUUGGUGCUACACAUUACCCUGUUCAAGGUCUUUCAAGCUUUUAAUGAGCGGAAAAAUCAAGAAAAUGGCAUAGCUCUGCGUAUACACCAGCUCAUUAACUAUUCGUCGAAGUACGAACACACGAUUCGUGUGUCAUUUUUACCCACGUCUCUCUUGUGCCGCUACAAUUUGUGAUCUCGUAAUGUAAAUGAUAGCUGCGAUGAAACGGUUAUUUGGUGAUAACUUUUUUUCAUGUUCAGAGGGGUUCGGUGUUCUCAGUGUGGAUAAAACCAUUCGGCCUUAUCCUUGUACAUGGUAGCUGCCGCCGGAAUCGUGCUAGCCUGUGAGCAAGCUCUCCUUUUUGGGCAAGCUUCGCCGCGCGCUCGCGCGUUCUCGCGAGACUCGCUUCACUCGCCCAAAUAGGAGAGCUUGCUCGCGGGCUAGAAUCGUGCAGCAACGUUUGUUUCCAGAAUCGUACAAAAAAAUUACUGUUUCCUCCAGUUCUCGUUUUGAUUGGUUUUGAAGCACAAUGGUGAAAUAAUUCCACCAAAAGCAACAUAGUUUUUGUCAUUCCCACACAAAUUCGUUUCAAGGUGUACAUAACUUCUGCGCUAUUUUUUCUUCUUAUUUGCAUGAGUUAAUUUUUCAGGAGUUUGCACCAUAAAUAAGUAAUGAUUUUUGUAACCCCUGUUGUCUUUUUUUUAAACAUUUACUGUAAACAUUACUUGGCGAAAAUAAUUACUAUAUAGACACUUGUGAAACUUUUUUUACUUGUUUCAUAAAAAAAUAGUUGAAACAAAGAAUUAAAGAAUUUAGAAUUAAAGUGGUGGAAGUUUAUUGUGCCUAUUAAUUUUCAGACAUACACAUUACUUUGUAAAAGCGAUGUUGAGAGAGCUGAGUGGAAGGAAAAAAUAAUUCCUCUAUUGGAACAGAACGAAGGUAUAUAAAACUUAAAUGUUGCGGUUUUGUUCAUCUAUUUAUGUCAAUCCGGUGAGCAAGAUCGUGGAUGUGGUGCUAAUUUGAUGGUUUUGUCAAUAUUUAUAUUGUUCAAAACGAUUUUUAAUCGAUUUGCAUAUACAGUCCAAACAUAAGUUGACGAACUGUCUUAUUCAAAUAAUGCAUAUCUAUGUUCUUGGAGGCCUUUAUUGUCAACUUAUUUUUUUUACAGCAUCUUAAAUUUCUGAAGUUGUAAAAGGAUUUAACGUGAGGCCUUGUUUAGACAACUAGUUUUUUGUAUCACGUUUCUCUAAUGAUUGUUCCUGCCCUUAACCUUAGAUAAUCCGCCAGCGGAAACUCUGAGCGUGCUGGAUUUGCAUCACUUGUUAGAAGCCUGCAAAAAGGUUUGUAUCUUAGUUGUUUUCUAUAAAUGCAAACUCUGAGUUCAUCUCCACACGACGACGCUCUUUCCCGUUUGCAGAAACGGCAGGAGAAGAAGGUCGCCUAUUUAGCGUUCGGAUCAACAAGAACGUUGAUUGGUUAAUCGCUUUUGUUUGCCGCGGGUGACUUGUGUCAGAGCGACAUCCCGAACCGAUUAAACUGACAGAUUAAUUACAAUUCGACCUCAGUAUUUGUUUAUUCAGAUCCUCGAUUUAUAGCUUUUCUACUGAGGCCCAAAUCCUGUGUGUCUCGGAGCUUCGGUUUCAAAGAUUCCAACGAUUCAAGUAUCUCUUGCGCUUCCAUGUCAGCGAAAGUGAAAUUUUCCCUGUCUCCAAACCUUAAACUAUCUCGACGCGGGUCGACAUCGCCCUUGGAAUGUGGGGAAAAGAAAUCGCCUCUUUUUCGCCGCGGUUCCUUGUCGCCGAAUCUUCGUUUGUUACGAAGGGCUUCCGACUCUAACUUCUUAAAAGAUUCGCAUUCCUUGGUAAGAAACGUUUCCCUAUUCUCUGUUAUAAUGUUGUUGGCAUAUCUGUUGGGAUUGCACGAAUAUACCUAACUGCUUGAUAAUAUUCACUUGUAUAAGUUCAUAAUACUUUCGUUUGUUUGUAUAAGGAUGUUGCAAUCGUAAGGUGACGGUGAAAUUGCUCUUUUUACCCACAAAAUUGCAGUCGUUAAUUUGUUGGUCUAAAGCUACAAGCGUCGUUCAGAAACUUGUGUUUUUCUCGGCCUGAUUUCAUGCUGUGCAGCUCAGUUUUUAUUGCAAGUCUGAUACCGAGUGGGCUAGAUAUUUGUAUUUUUCUGCCUCAGAUUUUGGGUUAAAACAUUUCCCUCGACAUUUGGAAAGUUUGUCAAUUAUUUUCCGGGUCUCAACAAACUAUACACGUUUAGACACAUUUUGUCCUUGCGGUUGAAAUGGUCAUUGCUGUACUUUAACAUAAUUAUAUCGCUAUACAUAAUCUGUUCCUUUUAAACUACACGCUGUGCAAAACAUUUUUCGAUACAAGUUGGGUGGGAAAACUGCAUGUCCGUUCCUUUUCCAGUCUUGGACGGCUUUCUAGCUGUUUUCGUGUAUGUACUAGAAUAAAUACUUAAAGUUUAGUAGUUACGCCAGCUCUGAAAUUACGUAUUUCUUUGUAACUAAUCCGUGUGAUACAAUUUGGUUUGUUGAGAGGUCGUAACUGAGAUAUUUUUCAUAAUGACCUCCGCGGACCUCGACGCAUUCUUAGCAAAUUUCUCACCUCUUGAUUCAUUUUAAUCCUCAAAUUUUCCGCUUUGGUCACGAUAUUUUAAGGGGUUAUAUCGUGUAUUUUUAGUAACACUUUGAGGAGCAGGAUUGCUUGAACCCGUGGAAGCCUAACAGUAAUCCGCUCUUGCUAUUGCAUCGAGUCGCUAGAAACUGAAAAUGAAAUGGAGAAUGAUUAUCGUCACUGGGUUUGUCAAAAACACUCUCACUGGGUCUCUCGACGGGUAUGAGAGGGAACCUUAUUUCCAGUGAUUUAAGUAUUCUGUCUCGGCGAAUUAAAACUCAGAAAGACACUUAUGUAGCUAGAGACAGUGUAUCAUCUGAAGUUCUUUCCGCACCUAGCACCAAUACCGAAUAGUGAAAUUCCUUUGUACUCAGUUUUGAGCUUGUCCAUGCAAUCCUGUAAUGAAAGUUCUUAAGCACUCCUUGCACGCCUUUGGUUGGAUACUGUUUUGAUCCGGGUUUUUGAUCAGAAAACGUCCUCCGAAAAAAACAAAUCAAAAUUUCCGAGUUUUUUGAAGGGUGAGGGGUCGACCUCACUGUGGGAGGAUCAGUGGCCUCUCGCUUUAUUAUAUUCUAAUUUUAAGUACAAACUUUGCCAUACUUAGUUCAUUUUUCUUUUAGUAAAGUCGAAACCAAUGGUCCAUUCGCUGUUCCUAGAGCAUCCUGUAGAAUUUGUACCUGCUUUUAACUGUUGCUAUUGAAUGUAAUUUAUGAUAUUAGCGUGGUGACGUUUUUCACGUAUUCCUUUUCAGCUGAGAACUUGCAAGACGCUAGGGAGAGUGUCUAUGAAAGAAGGUACAAAUAAUUUUUAAUCAGCAGCACUACCUAGCUGCUUCCGUCUUCCUUCUUCUUAUGGGGGAUAUGAUUCAUGUUGCUCGCUAAUUCAUCUCACUUAAAAACACAUACAACGCAUGGAAACGUUCGUUCUGUAACGUCUUUGCGUUGAAUCUUCCUAUUCUCAUAUUGCAGAUAAAGGACUCCUUAAUGGUCUACUAUACGUUCAUAUUCACUCUGGUCGAGGAUUUCACAAAAAUGGUAACUAAAGCAACCAUGUCCUACCCCACCCCACUCGCUCCCUGCGCCCCACAGCGGACUCCAAACACACAAACACCCAAAAUCCUGAGUCCCUCACUUUCACAACCCGUAUAUAUUGGUGAAUAAAUCAGUUUUUCGCCAAAAUAAGACGAAAGUCCGUGACUUAAAUCGAAAACUAAGGUUACAAAAUUGAAAUUGUUUUAUUUCAGGCUACUCUUGUGUAAAGGAAAAAGUUUAUGUAAUUGAGACGUGUGGGUUCUUAAUGACAUUCCACGCUGCUUCCGUCGUAAGAUCGUUGUAAAGCCUACAAUUACGCACAUAAACAAAAUCAUAUCCUUAUCACAGCUUAGUGGAAACAAAAAUUAGCGCGGUAGAAAGUCACGUAUUUAGCGGUUUCCUUAUAACUGGUGCAAAACCUUUACCCUCGGUAAUCACUUAACUAAUCCCAUCGCCUACAGAGUCGCGUAAUAUAAACACGCGUCGUUCAAAAUUUAUAAUGAAGGUCAAAUCGCUGUAUUAGCUUUGUGCUAAUACAGGUAACUUUAUACGCCAUUUUUUCAGUGCCAAAGAUGUUUUUCAUUCCUGAACCUGUUUCUUUGAAUGUUUCAGAUCUGAGCUGCGCAGUGGAAGUAGAUCAUUUUGGUCAGUUUGUCCGUAAAGCCAGAACAAGAACAUGUAAGGCUACCACGGAUCCUGUUUGGGACCAGGUGAGUUCAAUUGAUCAAUUAGACUGACUUCAAUCGGUUUCUAUUUUUCAGUUUUAAUAUCUCUAACAACUUGAAAACAGGACGAGCGAGAAAUUUGGACCAGAAGGACUGGCGAGAGAUAUCAGAGGGUCCCAAUCUCCUUAGGUUCAUAUCGUGCGUCCGCUUUAAUUUGACGAGGAAAAAAGCGAUUUUGGGGGUUUGUUAUUACAUCUCUGCUUGAGCCUUAAUUGAUGAUUUUAAUGUCUUAUUUUUAGGACUUUGAUAUCGAGGUGGAAGGUACAAGGGAACUCAAGCUUCACGUGUAUUACAAGAGCCGACUUAACUUUGACGAGCACCUCGCUCAAGGGAAAAUUGAGGUAAAAAGAAAUUAUGUGCGUGGUGGACCUGUGAGUGCUGCACCGCGUUUACAAGAACGUCGUCAUAAGCCAAGUCUUUUGGUGCAAUAAAUUCCAGUCCUCACCCCUGAAUAUUUACUUCUCUCUCCGUGGGUUCCAGUUCACUGCUGCUAUGGUUCGAUUACCUGUUCACACUGCACCAUUGUGUGGCACUCACUGAACCUAUCCGAUGUGUGACGCUCCACUUUCGAGAUCGGCGCCGCGUAGUUUCCCUUCCGUUAUAGAAAUCGCGCUGAAAUCACCGUUCUUAUGUGUGUUCAGAAGCCUUGUGAACGUAACCUAAGAUUCCUUAUGUAACAGCUAUUACAUGAUUUGCGUCCUUUAGAAAAAUAUUUCUUUGUAAUAAUAUCCACUUACAGAGUUGCUGUGUUACCCUUUUUCAGCUCCUAAAAGAAAAUUUGACCGAUCUGACAAAGAAGACGAUUACAAUCACCUUGGAUAAGCAGGUACAAAUCAUAUUUACCUUGAUCCGUUUUGCAAGUUACACCUUGAUGGUGUCAUAAACGCCGUUUUAUAUCCUAUGCUAUAGAUAUAUACGACUUGCUUGAAAAAACAGACAGGUCAAUCUCCAAGAAGAUUAGCUGUUUACCUACUCAUCCGCUGUAUAAUUUGUUGACCAGAGUUAAAGAAUCUUCAAAAUGUCUGAGAACUAAAACAAGCCUACUACCCGGUGUUAAAACGGAACGUUUUUAAAGCUAGUUUUAUUAAUAGACUGUAUUUCAAAUGUACUUUUACUUUUUAACUAAUAAUAUUAAACUUGUAAAUAUAGGUGUUUAUUUUUACUUGUAUAUUCAAUAAAGACUUAAAGUGUAUCAGUUUAUAACUAUCUCUGUUUGCCACGCAGGGGGCGGUCACGCUGUCGCUACAGUAUUCUAAAUCGCCAAAAGGAAUUCAGAGGAAAAAGUCUUUGGUUGAAAAGGGAGUUUUUGGAGUCGAUAUUGGUACCGUCUCAAGGUAAGUUGUUGGUCCUUGUUGUAAAGACAUUAAAAAGUCUCUAAAAAGCCCUUUUUUGAGUGUCAACGUAUUUAGCACGAAGGAGCUAAUUGAGGACACUAUUUUAUGUCCCCUACUGGAUAAGGGACCGCCAUUUUGCCCGGUUAUCCGAGUCAUGUAAAGGUCUGGUCCUUUGUAGGAAAAGGCAGUAACUUCAUUUCUCGGUUAUUUUAAGACCUUGAAAUUAUGGUGGUCUAGUCUAGGGAAUUGAACCUUCGACCUAUCUCUCCGCAGUCAAGCGCUGUACCGAUUGACGCGGUUACGUUGUAUCUCUUGUGGGAAUCUUCCUUUCUAUAAACUUUAUCGCUAGCUGCCUUCGUAUGCCCGUUGGUCCAGCAUAUUUUUAGUAGUGCUUUCUAAGGUGGAGAACUACUGAGAAGAAGCGCCUAUCACUGGUUGUUUCGUUGAUUAGAAAUCCCGGCCAGUGGUGUCAUAUGGCUCGAUGUUCGGCGUCCUUCCCUUUCUCUUUCUUAGAAAAAUAUCGUAACUAUCACAGGUCCAUUUUCUUACUUACAUCGCAAGUUUAAAAGCUUUUGAUUCGCUUGUGGAACCACCUGCUUGUUAUAUGAUGAAACAAACAUGUUCUUUCCUUUGUAGACGAGAAAAUAGCGACAUUCCUUUGGUUGUCAUUGGAUGUGUACAAGAAAUCGAAAAGAGAGGUAAAUCUAACGGGCUUUUUGGAAUACUGAAUGACAUCAGUGAAAUUGUCCCGCCAGCAGAAGCUGGUGUUUAGGGGAAAGCAAACGUCGUUUGGAGAAAGGUUCGUUAAGACCCCUGAUUAGCUUCGGCUGAGCAUUGUCUAAUCAGGCUGAACCACGAUCACUGAUCAAUAACAUGAAAGUUGUCGUUAGAAUUAAUAAAAUGAUUAUUAAAGCGCAAAUGCUUUGAUCUUUCAUCAAAUUCUCCAAACUGAUUUUUCAAGGAAAAGUGUGGAGAUCAGUCUGGAGAUUUUGUAUGUUGAUAUUUGGGUUGAAAGGGUUUUAAAACACUUACUAAACAAAUAAAACCUUUAUUUUAGGGAUGGAGGAAGUUGGAAUCUACCGUUUAUCAGGAGCAACGUCUGAAGUUCGUAGGCUUAAAGACGCUUUCGAUAACAGUGAGUACCGUAUACUACUAUCAAUUAUCAAUUCACCGAGCACGUGUGUCAUCAUGGCGGCCGGACCGAACUGGGCGAGCUCACUACAAAUUCUAAUAUUCCUGUUUAUAACAGCAGUUUUAAUUCGUGAAAGGAUAGGUGACGACUUUCCAGAGUCCUACCAGGCCACAAGCGUCUCAAAGAUGCUUGUUGCACCGGAAUUCGUCUCAAAUUCGACAAACCAUGGAAGAUUCAAAUCUCGUGCCAAACGAUUUACUUCACGGAGGGUUCUAUACACGGCCAAAGGAACUAGCAGCUUCAAUCUGGAAAGGGACUUGCUUUCGUGCGGGGAUGUGGCCACAAAUCCUGGCCCGAAAGGGAAGAAGUCGAUGUCAAAAUACCCAUGCAGUGAAUGUCACAAGGCCGUUAGAAAUAAUCAAGACGCCAUCUUGUGUGCUACAUGUGGAAACUGGUCGCACGCUAAAUGCCUCAAUAUGUCUCGGCACAUUUUCCAGCACUACUUAGACCAGCCUGAUAUUGAUUGGACUUGUCCUGCCUGCGCUCUUCCGCCACUGACGGACUCCUUCUUCGAAGAAGUUUAUGAAGGUAAUACACAAAUCAUUGCCAAGGAUUAUCAAGGGGGAACAACUCAAUUUACGGCCGAAUGUUCUACAGAAGGUGGAUUGGAAGAGCAUAACUCCGACAACGUCCAUCUAGAAUCUCUACGGAACCAUCUCAAGAACGAUGUUUUGGUCUGUCAUAUCAACAUAAACAGUAUUCAAAAUAAACUUGAGGAACUGGAAAACGUUAUCAAAAAGAUCAAUGCACACAUAAUAUUUGUUAGCGAAACCAAAAUCGACAAGAGUUAUCCAGAUCGUCAAUUUUCUAUUCCUGGCUUUCGGAUGUAUAGGAAUGAUAGGAAAAAGGGCGGUGGAGGAGUAAUGGUGUACAUAUCUUCCAAAUUGACUUGCAAGAGACUCGCGUUAGAAAAGAGUUAUAAAACAAUAGAGUCUAUUGCCAUCGACAUCAGGAUUGACAACAGGAAUAUGGUAAUUCUUGGAAUCUACAGACCACCGACAGUUCUUUCAGGAGACUAUCAAACACAGCUGGAAAACGAGCUUAGUGACAUUUGUAACUGGGCUAAUCUCAAAAGUAAUUUUGUGACACUUUUGGGUGACUUAAACCUGGAUAGACUGAAACCUAACACAAGCGAAGGUAAAUUAUUAUUAAAUCUUGAAGUGGAACAAGGAUUUGAAUGUCUCAUUACGCAACCUACACGUAUCGCCACCAGUGGGAAUAAGACGACCAGUACUCUAAUUGAUGUAUUGUUGAGCAAUAGACCCGAUCUAUUCAAGCAUAGCGGAAUUUAUCACCCGUCGUUAAGUGAUCACUGCCUAAUUUAUGGAAUCUUGAAAGACAAAGUGUUAUCUCAUCGGCCGAAAGUCAUAACAUUCCGAAGCUAUAAAAACUUUGAUGAACGUCUUUUUAAAGAAAGUUUAUCAAUGGCUCCCUGGCACGUAGGUGAAAUCUUCGACGAAAUUGAUGAUCAAGCUUACUAUUGGACUACUUUGUUGCGAAAUGUGGUUGAUGAUCAGCUUCCCUUGAAAAAGAUGAGAGUCCGCGACAAAGACGUACCGUAUAUGACCACAGGUUGGAAGCAAGCAAUACGUGCCAAGAGAAGAGCUACAGUGAAAUAUAAAAACCAUCCUACCCAAGAAAACUGGGAAAACAAAAAGAAAUGCAGAAAUGAGGCCACUAGGCAAAGACGUUUGGCGAUAAAAGAACAUUGGAGAAAGAAAGCGGAUGAUCUAAAGGUAAACCCAAGGGACUUUUUUAAAACAUUUAGGCCAUUCUUAUCAACAAAGGGUCACAAGGGUGAUAUCGAGAUUCAUCUUAGAACUGACGGUGAUGUCGUAGAAAAAGAUCAAAACAGGGUCGCAGAUCUGUUCGCUGAUUACUUUGCCACAAUUGCUGACGGUAUUGGGGGUGAUAAAAGCAAAUUAGAUUCACCGGAGGACUUUCAAGAUCAUCCAAGUGUAGUAGCGAUAGCCAAUAACAUCAGAAACAAACAACAGUAUGACAUUGAGCCUAUCAGCAAUGCCCAUGUAGAAUGUA